GAAAUUGUGAAAUUAAUUAAAUAUAUAUCUGAAAUCAAUUUGCCAGACCAAGUCCAUUUCUUGGAACAGCUAUUUAAUAUUGAUACUUUGAUUCCUGCUAUGCAAUUUUAUUACGCACACACCAUCAAGGAGAUAAGGUUUUCAGAAGACGUAAAUUUUAUCGAAACUUUUUUACACUUUCUAAUCGUGCGACAAGUCGAAGUCGGAACUGACAAAUGUAUAACUGAUCGUUUUAACGAGAUUACAUGGGACGUUGGGGAUAAGAAAUUACCUUUAUAUUAUUAUACCUUGCCUUUAACAAACAUUGAUGAAUGUAUUGCAGUAUUAUACCAUAUUGUGAAAUUGUUACUAAGUUUUCCAUAUAUCCCAAAAAUAUAUGGAGGAACUACGGAUUACUUAAAUGGUAUCCUGUUAAUGAUUUUAGUCAUUUUAGAGCGAUCAAGAAAACUACAAUUAUCAAGAAGAACAUAUUUAUUAAUACAAACGCUAAAGAAGCACUUACGUCUAUAUUGGUUCCGUAUUUUUACACAAUGUACUCGUAAACAUAUCGCUACUAUAUUCAAGAGUUUAAUACCAAAUGAUAUAAUGGCAGAGAACGUGUUUUUUGAAUAUUUGGUUAAUUGGGUAAAAUUAGAUUGCAAUAUGAUACCUGAGUUGCGUGAAAAAAUGCGAAAUGUUCUAAUUGCAUGUCGUGAAAUUCAUAAUUAAUUAGUGCUUUACCCAUGUAAUACAAAAAUAUA